AUGGAGACACACAACGUGCACAUGAAUGCAGAUGAUUCUGCAGAUUAUGGUGCCACUCCACCAAAUACCAUGGGGAAGUUAUGGAUGGCUGAUCUUCAAACAUCAGAGCCCACCUAUUCAGGUGCACCGGUGCCCUCCCAAGCACUGGAGGUGGAUGAGGAUUUGCAACUGUGGAAAGAGAUAGAUGAUGCAUGUUCUGUCUACCUGUCCAGAGAUUCUCAGCCUCAGGCAUCAAGUGCACUGGAAGAACUUUGUUUUCUGGUCGUGGCUUUUCUCCAGAAACCACAGGGUUUAGAUGAAAAAGACAACACCAAAAGGUUCUUAUUUCAUUAUUCUAAGACUCAUGACUCAGGCAACUCAGACAUCACGUCGUCUGUCCUGCAUCCUUUGCUGCAACUCGUUCCCCAGCUUAAUGAGAGAAGACUGAAGAGAUACAAAGUGGACGAGGAACUUCAAAGACCUGGAGGGAUUCAAAGUAGGGGCUACUUUUUCUACAGGCCACGUAACGGAAGGAGAUCAGUGGAUUUUCGCUAA